CAAACCCAAACAAGUGUUAGACAUUUUGCAGCCGCUGCUUUAGGAGUUUUACGGUAACCGCCAGGAAGGCCAUUACCCUCCUCGUAAGCUAACCCGGACCGAGUGUGGUUGUUCGGAUCCAAUAAUAAACAAAACCCCAGCGGAACAUGUCCUCCUCCAGCAGUCCGAACAUGGAGUCUCAGCUUCUGUCCAUCAUGAACGUCCUGGUGAGAGCGGCGGUGGCGGAGAUCCUCCAGCUCUUCUCGGAGAGCACCGACUCCCUCCGCCUCCACCUCACCCAGAGCCUGAGGGAGAACGAAACCCUGAGGCUGAGGACGAAGGUGAUGAGGAGCGAGCUCUUCUCCCUCAAGUUACAGACCAGGACCAACCGACCGGCCAGCCGCUGCUUCCCGACGAGAACCGUCACCCCCAAACCGCGAAACAAAGUUGUCGUGAAGCCACCAGUGACAGAGAAGCCAUCGGUGGAGGUGGCAUCCAUUGCUCUUCAAAAAGAAAACACCGAUAAAAAACAUUGUGCAGAGGUGGACAGCGCAGAUGUUAUCCUCAUCAAAGAUGAAGAUGAUGUUGGAGGGUGUGCUCCAGUCGAAGGUCAGGACAGCUGUGGAGAUGAAAGGCUACCACAAGUUGUUGCCCCAGGAUCCCAGAUGAUAGAUUCUGUUGGUUCCUCUUGUGCCUCAAACAAAACCAGCAACCUGAGAAUUGUGAGCGUUCAUGGUGGAGUUGAAGAGCAUCUGCUGGAGAAGAGCGACACUCUUUUUUCUGAAUCUGAGCUCCAGGUUUUUAGCUCUCUGUCUGACCACAAUAUGGUCCCUGACAGUCUGCAACAUUUCCCGAGCAGUGCAAGUGAACAUGUCUCUGGAAGGCUUGGACAGGAUAGCAUCGAUGAAGGGGCAAGACGCAGCAAACUGGAAAGAAAUCAUUCUACUCAAAUAGUUUCCGCAAUAAAUCCUGCUUUAAAUGUUCCCAUAGUAGACCUUAACGGUCAAGUGGAACCCCCCGGUCACAUGAGCCAGUUCCCCCAGCAGCAGGUCGUCUUCUCUCAUGCUGUCAACAAAUCCCUGGACUGCAGCUUCUGCGGGAAGUGCUUCGUCAGCCGUGAGGAACUGAUUGCACAUCGCGCGAGCCACACUGGAGAGUCGCCCAUUCUGUGUUCCACAUGUGGCAAGUCCUUUGUCAACAAGACCACGCUGAACAUCCACAUGCGCAUUCACACUGGGGAAAAGCCCUACGCCUGUGUGCAGUGUGGCAAACGCUUCACGCAGAACGGCAGCUUGAAGAUCCACCUAAGAACCCAUUCAGGAGAAAAGCCCUACACUUGUAAUCGGUGCCCCGCCAGCUUCAACAACCCCAGCAACCUGCGCCGGCACAUGAUCACACACAAUUUAAUGAGGGCCUGUGACAUGACAUGAUCAGGUCUAACCAGUGAACACUUUUGAGCAUCAAAGUUCGGUUUUUACGCUGUAGGAAUGUGUCCAGAGGCGCCCAUUUUACAAAUGCACAAUGAAACAGAGUCAUGGAUCAUGAAAAGGCUUCCUUCUUUUAUCUUUAGUAAACCAGCAAAAGAAGGCCAGCUAUGGAAAUACAAAUCUUAUUCAACUCAUGAUAUUAAACAAUACUGUGUUGAACAUUCAUAGCUUACGAGAAAAGAUUUUUAAGAUUUGGAACAAUUUGGAAAGACCCUGCCAUCAGCUCAAAAGAACUGAGGGCCAAAAGAUUUUUAGUCUUGUGUUUUUGUACAUUUUAUUUGAAUGUAAAGCUUUUUUCUAAUCUUACAUUUGUAUAAUAAAAGCUUAACAUCGUUUCAUUGUUUAAAAAAUUACAUUGAAUAAAAUCUAUGCAUUUUAUAAUUAAA